AUGGCGCAGUACGCGGCGUACGCGGCGUACGCGCGGGCGCAGACGCAACACGUGGUGGGGUUUGGUGUCCCGGGGUUUGGAGGGGUGGGGUUUGGAGGGGGGUACCCGUACGGAGUCGCCGCGUACGAGGCGACGAGCGCGGCGAGAGGGAACGGGGCGCGCGGGCGAGGGGGGGAGAAACUCGGCAAGGUUCGGCGAGCGAAACCGAUGAAAUCUAAAGUUCCCAAGGUGUGUGUGAACUGCAAGUCCACCGAGACGCCGUUCUGGAGGAAAGAUAAGGGUGGCGGCGGGUCGCUGUGCAACGCGUGCGGGCUGUAUCUCGCGAAGAACGACGCGCCUCGACCGGCGCAGUUGUGGAGACGUCAGGAAACGAGCGCGAGCGAAAUCGACACGAACAACGAUACGAAUGACAGCGAGAAGACCACCGAAGGCGUGCCUUCGGCUUCGGUGGAGGGAGAAAAGAACUCCCCCGAAAAGGACUCAGAGUCCGACGGCGGCGCCGAGACGACAAACGAAAAGCCCUCAGAAGAGUCUCCGCGCGAUGAACGAGUCACCGAGAACGCUUUAAAGCUGGAUGUUAAAGCCGGCGCGGCCGAGUGA